AUGCGACCCAUCAUCAUCAUUCUCGUCACUUUUCUGUGCUCUUUGCCGGUGAACGCCACCAAUUAUCACUCGCCCAACAGUUUAUUAUCAGUCAGGUAAGAAGAGUUUGAUGGAUUGCUUGGGGGAGGCCUACUUGUCAACAGGUUCCUUUUGAUGGAUUUAGGCGCCACGCUUGACACCUUCAAGACGGUCCUUUUUUUUAAAUUUUACUAUAACUUCGCUGAAUUCCGUCGAUUUUCACAGAGGCUCUUAGAAUUUCUAAGACAUUGCUGGAGGUACCUAGAUUUUGCCUGACGGUCUUAGAUAUUGACUCUGAUUUUUGCUGAGGUCCUUUCACUUUCACUUCCAUUCCAAGGCUUAUUAAAGACGCGUAGUUUUCCUGAACUCUGCAACAACAACAAAAAAAGACAAUUGUUAUUGGAGGAAUGCGGCAGAAAUACUAUCGCAACAAUCAAACUUUACAGCCGCCUGAUAAGAGUUUCGAGACUUUCAAAUAAUGUGUGCUCACGGUCUCGGGAGCAAACCACAGAAAUUGUCUUACAAGAAUCAUCUAGGGGACAUUUCGCAACCGACAAGCUCGAAUAGCUGGUUGAAAAACGUCCCAAUCAAGUACUAGACGGGUCAUAGCCGUUUUUUUGCGGGUUCAGACCGCUUGAAGAGGCAAAAAUGUAACAUUUUUAUGUGUUUUCGAUAUUAUCCCUCUGCGGACGACAUCUGGUUGACGGCAUUGCGAAUGAGAAUGGCCUCCCAAGUGUCGCGGCUCAUAAUGAGCUCCCAGGGGGAGGCUCGUAAAGCCGGGGAGUGAGAACCCACUCGGAAAGUGAUAACUUUUGAUGCUCUCGCUUUACACGAUUUUCGAGCCAGAAAUCGGGGUUCUAAGAAGAGAGACAAAAGCAUUGAUUUACAGUGAGCCAAAACGACACGAGCACAGUUCGUCGAACUGGUGCAAAGGGCCGAUCGACGGCGACUGCAAUCCGUACAAUUGUGGCGGGGGAUGCGAGUCCAAGUACAUCAGGUAACUCGAAAAAUAAUGUCAUUGCCCACUGAAAAACAAUACACUUACAACCGCAAUUUCUAGGUUCUACGACCAGGCGUACCGAACGGAUCGGACCAUCAAAUCGUGUUUUUGUCAGCAAGAGCGGCUUUGCUCGAUUCUCGGAAUGCACGCGUUCAGCGGCUGCAAAUCCUAUCAUCAGCUGAGCUCUGUCGCCCAGAAAUUCGUCAGGUACACAGAUUUCAUCAGCAAUUAAUUUUAAAAUGUGGUACCUUUCAAAUUUUCAAGAUACUGGAGUAUGGACACUCGGGAUCGUAAGAACCGCAACUCGAACAGCGCUCGACUCAGAUAUUCCGAUAGAGUACGGUUGGUGAACUGAAAAAAAAAUAGUACAUGUUAAUACACGUAAACGUUUCAGUCACACCCAACUGCUCAAUGGAAAUUCGCGUUUCUGCUGCCGAGCGACGGCUCAAAAGCGUCUCGCCCUCCACCUAAAAUCCUCAAAUUCCGCCAACAUUUUCGCCGUUUCGGCCCUUCUCCUCCACUCACUUUUCCUACACUUUUUCUAA